GACUUCCGGCGGAAGAAGAAGCCGGUCCCGAGUUCUGGCCGACUGUAGGCAAGGCGUGGGCGGCGGCGCAUAUGUGAAGUUAGCUAAUCUGAGAAGGCCCACUUCUGGUUCCAUGGAUGAUGGCUGCUGAGCAGAUGCCCAAAAAGGAUUGGUACAGCAUCCUAGGGGCAGACCCAUCUGCAAAUAUGUCAGACCUAAAAGAAAAAUAUCAAAAACUCAUAUUAAUGUAUCAUCCAGAUAAACAAAGUACAGAUGUAUCAGCAGGAACAGUGGAGGAAUGUGUACAGAAGUUCAUCGAAAUUGAUCAAGCGUGGAAAAUUCUAGGAAAUGAAGAGACAAAAAGAGAGUAUGAUUUGCAGCGGUGUGAAGAUGAUCUAAGAAAUAUAGGACCAGUAGAUGCUCAAGUAUAUCUUGAAGAAAUGUCUUGGAAUGAAGAUGAUCACUCUUUUUAUCUGAGUUGCAGAUGUGGUGGAAAAUACAGUGUUUCCAAGGAUGAAGCAGAAGAACAUAAGCAGGGCAGCCACUCACUCAGCAACAUCCUGGGGCCAAUACCAAGGCCAGACCUAUUAGAAUGCUCAUGAUGAACUAAAUGGUAAUUGAUUGUGACAUCAAUUACAAAUAAUCUCAUCAUUUUAUUGGAGUGGGCUUGUCAGAAUUCUAAUUAAGAUCCCUGUUCUGCCUUUGUACAGGCCAUAUCUUCAAUGCAUUAUACUUCAAUAAUGACCAUGAAGAACCAGAAGGACCUAUUAUAAAAUCAUCAGUUGCAAAAUUAAUGAUGGUGACCUUCUCCUAAAUGAAAAGACUAUCUCCUAUAAUGUUCCAUGUAUAAACUGGCAAAUAACAAGAUUUCUACUCAGUGACAAUCAUAUUUAGAACAGAAUAUGUUGCUUUUUUUUUAAAGCCGCCUGCAAUAUGAGACAUUUGCCUAUUACUAUCUGUUCAAUGUAAACUAAAAAACUUAACUUUCCAGAAACAAUCUUUAAAAUUGCUUUUUAAAAGUUUUUAUUUUACAGUUUUGUUACCUAAGACAGUUGAAUUAUUGACCAGACCAAAAUGAUCUAUAUAUGGGGAAGGAAUUUAUUUUCACUAAUUUGACUGGUUUUACUUGUAAACCUUUUAUGAAGAAAAAUAUCACUACCGGGUUUAAUAAGAGAUAAUGCAACUCUUUUUUAAAUCACAAAUUACUUUCUUGAAAAGUAAAUGUAUACAAGAAUGUAAAAUUUGAAUUUCAUUUACAUAAGCGAUUUUAAGAUUCUGGAAGGUCUUAUGUACAAAUAUUUGCCAAAAACCUCCAAAUUAACUGCAUUUAUUAAAUGUUAAAUCUAUUUGUAGAAAAAGGACAUAAGUUUACUGAAAGAAUAUCAGAAAAUAUAUGAUCAUUCACUUUUAUUAUUAUAACUGGAACUAGUUUGUCCAAGGGCCAAUAGCAAGGCCACUUCUUUGCUAUCUAAUAAAAUAGACAUAUGUGCAGUGAAGCAUAAGACUGCCCUAGUAGAAAAGUGUGUACAUCACAGUCAUCAAAAAAGGAACGAAAUAGUGAAUUUGGAAAAGCCAUAUGUAAUAAACAUUCUGAAGCGUUACUUUGAUGAAGCUAUAAGGUGAACAUCUUUCAUGUUUAAAUAUCCAUGGUUUCUCCCUAAAAUGUGUUUUUUCCUGAGUUCUAAAAACAGGUAAUGUAAAUGAAUAAAGAAAACCAUGUAGUUAUGGACAUCAGCAAAAGUAAAAGAAAAACAUUCUACAAACUAAUAAGGCAACAUACCAACAAUCUAGGGAUGUCUUUGUCUGACCAUCCCAUUGACAGUAAACCAGGAUCCGUGGUUUAUACAUUCCGUCUCCUCAUGAAGCUUUCCCUAAACUUGCCUACCCAUACCAACCUGAUUGUUUCCAGCUCUUAACAUAUAAAGUCAGCCUUGCUUGGGGCCCUACAUUAUAACCUUUAUUAUUAUUUUUAACCUGCUUGCCUUUUCUGUCAGUUUUUACUAUUUUAUACCAGAAUAAACCAACAGACAGUAAUGCCAUGAUUUUACUUUUUUGAGUGUUAAUGACUUUUAUUACAUUAUAGUUUGGUGCAAAAAUAACUGCGGUUUUUGCUGCAAAAUAAAUUUAAUGGCAAAAACCACAAUUACUUUUGCACCAGCCUAAUAGAUUUUUGCCAAUAUGCUUGGCGAAAAAUGAUACCUUUGUCUUAUGAGUGAGGCUGAAUCUCUUCGUGUUUAAGAGGUGUUUAGUUCCUUCUCUGUGAUAUAUUUUUGCAUGUCUUUUGCCAUUUGGCUACUGGGUUGAUCUCUUUUUUUUCCUUCAUUUCAUAAGCACUCUUUAAAUACUAGGGAGAUUAGCCCUUUGUGGUACAAAGAGCAAAUAUCCCCAGUUUUUCAUUUCUCUUAUCAGCUUUUGCUUUCAUGUCUUCUGAAUUCUGAGUCUUUGUUAGAAAGGUCUCAUGGUUUCUUCUUUUACAUUUAACUAUUUUAUUCUUUCGGAGUACAUCCUGACAAAUGGUUGUAAGGCUUGGAUGAAUGUUUUUUAUUUUUGUAAAUAAUAACUAAUUUAAUACCUUGGUAAUAUUUUUCUAUGCAUUUAUUUGAUUGUUGGCAGUGUAGAAUAUUAUUCUGUGUGUUUUCUGAUGGCAUUUAAUAUCCAGUGAAUAGUCUGUGCCUACUUUUGCAUAUAUUAGUCUUUGGGAUCUCAAUUGUCCUAUCUACGUGUAUUUCUUAUAUAAUACAGACAGGAUUAAUACAUUUAUUGCAAAUACUUUUCCCAAUCUGUUUUUUGUAUUUUAUAUUUAUGUUCCACAAAGUUUUUAGUUUUUUAUACAGUAUUUACUUUUAUAUCCAUAUGCUUUUUAAAAGAUGAUUUUAAUUAUUUACAGUACCUAAACCAAAAGUAGAACUCAAAUAUUUGCUGGUAGUUAAAUACUUGUAAGUAGAAAUUCUCUGAAAGCACAAUGAUAACUGCCAUUAGCUAGGUCACUUCUGUAGCAGUUAUGACCUGAGUUUCUUUCAAAUUAGCGAUGUAUGAUGAAGUAUCAUCUCUGGAGUAAUUUUUUUUUUUUUUUUUUUUAAACAGAGUCUUGCUCUGUCACCCAGGCUGGAGUGCAGUGGUGCAAUCUCAGCUCACUGCAACUUCCACCUCCUGGG